GGGAUGUCCCAACCAGAACCAAAGAAGGAGCAAAGCCGCCCGAGGGGGAGAUCACCAAAGAGAAGCUCGCCCAAGAGGAGCGAACAAAGGAGAGCGUCUCCUCGGAGGAGGAGUGGAGAUACGAAAAGGGAAAAGAGGGAUGAAUGGCAGAGGAGGCCUAUGGUGUUCGAGAGGCAGAGGUACCACAACUUUACUCCUUUGAGGAAAGAUAUGACGGAAGUGCUCGAGGCUAUGGAGCAAAAGAUGUCGACUGAGGACGUGACUUGGCCAAAGACAAGGUUCACCGGCCCGCAUCGGCCCCGGUCGGAUUUGUAUUGUCGAUUUCACAAGGAUUACAGCCAUACCACGGAGAACUGCAGGCAUUUGAAAGAUGAGAUCGAUAGGUUGAUUCGGGCAGGAUAUCUGAAGGAGUUUGUCUAUCACGACCGGGUGAGAGGAAAGGGCAGGAGGAGAUGUAGAGAGGAUUCCGAGGAGAGGAGCGAUAGAGAUGAAGAAGGGGAUGGAGGGGAUGGUCGAGGAAAAAGGGCGAGAAAGGAGGGAGAUAGAGACGGACAAGGAAGAGGGGCCCCGCUGAAAAGAGGAACGAUUUACAUGAUUUCUGGGGGGCCGACAGAUGGUGACUCGAACAGAUCGAGGAAGGAGCAUGCGCGAGCAGUGAAGAGAAAGAGAGAGGAGGUGGGGAUUACAACGCGCAUGCCAAUAAUAAGUUUCAAGGCGGAGGAUGCUGAGGGGGUAGUCUUACCACACAAUGACGCUCUGGUGAUAACCGCGGAGGUGGCGGGCUUUGAUGUAAAGAGGGUGUUCAUUGAUACUGGAAGUUCGGUGGAUGUAAUGUUCUAUGAUUGUUUCGUGCAGAUUAACAAUGAGCUGAAUACGGAGCUGAAGCCGGUAGCCACGGCGCUUUAUGGAUUUAAUGGAGGAGAAGUUAUGCCGAUGGGGGAGGUCAGUUUGCCCGUGGCGCUAGGAUCAGGGGAGCUGAGGAAAGUGCGCAUGGUGAGGUUCGUCGUUGUAGGGGCUGAGUCGUCCUAUAACAUCAUCAUGGGACGGACGAGCUUGAAUGCAUUCCAGGCGGUCGUAUCCACGUACCACAUGACGAUCAAAUAUCAAGUGGGCGAAAACGUAGGGGAGAUUGCCGGGGAUCAGCUUACUUCAAGAAGCUGCUACCAGACAACAGUUAGCAAUAACAAGCAAUUGGCGAAAAGACAGGCUGAGUCAAAGGGAGAGGAAAUCAAUCGACCGGGAGGAUCGAGGUCGAAGGAGGAGAAGCAAAAGGUGGACAAGGGCAAGGAGAAGAUGGACAUCCAGCCUGGGGAAGAGGUUGAGGAAAUUCAGAUGAUCGAGGGAUGCGAGGGUAGAAAGUUUAGAAUUGGGAAGGAUCUGGAGGAGCCCAUUCGGUCGAGGCUGAUUGACUUGGUACGGGAGUUCGCUGAUAUUUUUGCCUAUACGGCUGAGGAGUUAACAGGAAUAAGUGCGGAGGUGAUUGAACAUCGACUGAAUAUCGACCUCAGCGUAAGGCCGGUGAAGCAGAAGAGGAGGCACCAUGGGGCUGAGAUGGACAAGAUUAUCGAGCAGGAGGUCGAGAAAUUGUUGGGAGCGGGGCAUAUUAAGGAGAUUCAAUUCCCUGAGUGGUUAUCAAACACAGUGAUGGUGUCGAAGUCGGAAGGAAAAUGGAGAAUGUGCAUUGAUUUUCGCGACUUGAAUAAGGCGUGCCCGAAGGACCUAUACCCACUGCCCAGAAUCGACCAGCUGGUCGACUCAACGGCAGGGUGUGAGUUGCUGAGCCUGAUGGAUGCGUCCCAAGGGUAUCAUCAAAUUCCCUUGGCUAGAGAAGACAUGAAGCGGGUGAGUUUUGUGACUAGUCGAGGGACCUACUGUUACGUGGUCAUGCCGUUUGGUUUAAAGAAUGCGGGUGCCACAUAUCAAAGGUUGGUCGAUAAGAUUUUUAAGGAGCAGCUGGGAAGGAAUAUGGAGGUAUACGUGGAUGAUAUGUUGGUGAAGAGUAAGGAGGAACUCGACCAUGUGCAAGAUCUGAAAGAAACAUUCUUGACGUUGCGAAGAUAUGGGAUGAAGUUUAACCCGGCCAAGUGCUCUUUCGGGGUGAGAUCGGGCAAAUUUUUGGGCUAUCUGGUGACUAAGAGGGGUAUUGAGGUCAAUCCCGAGAAGGUUCGAGCUGUGAUGGAGAUGAAGUCACCAGCAAGCGUGAAAGAGGUGCAAAUUUUGGCCGGUCGAAUUGCGGGGCUGAGUCGUUUUAUAUCGAAGGUGGCAGAGAAGAGUUGCCCGUUGUUCAAAACCCUAAAGAAGAGCGCGAGGUUCCAAUGGACGGAGGAGGCGCAAAAAGCAUUUGAGGAGCUGCGAGGGGUGUUGGCCAACCUCCCUUUGUGUGCCAAACCUGUGCAAGGGGAGGAGCUGGUGCUAUACAUUUCCAUCGGGGAGAGAGCUGUAAGUUCGGUAUUGUUGCGAGAGGAGGGAACAGCGCAACUCCCUAUCUACUAUGUGAGUAGAGUGAUGCAAGGAGCAGAGACGAGAUAUUCGGAGAUCGAGAAGUGUGCGCUAGCUGUGGUUGUAACUGCUCGCAAGUUGAGACCGUAUUUCUUGAAUCAUAAGGUGAAGGUGCGAACGAAUAUGCUGUUGGGGGAAACAUUGGGUCGGCCAUCGGUCUCUGGUCGAUUGGUGAAGUGGGCGGUCGAGCUAAGCGAGUAUUCUCUGAUGUACGAGCCAAGGAGAGCCAUAAAGGCACAGGUGUUGGCCGAUUUUAUCCAGGAAGGCACGAAAGUCGAAGAGGAGUCAGAGGGACUAUGGCAGUU